CCACUCAUCCCAUUCCGUCUCAACUACUCUCGCACCCAUUCCAUCCAACCCAAUCUCUCUCUCUCUCUCUCUCUCUCUAUGAUUCAAUAAUAUUCAUGAGAAAAACAACAGAAGAAGAAACAUCUGAUACAAAACCCUCCCAUUUCUCCUCCGAUCAAACCCUAAUUCCCCCUCCCGGCAUUCCCACAUUCAUUCACAAUUCCAGACCCCAAUCCCCACAGCCCUCCCUUCCCCCUCUCACUCUCUCCCCUGAGAAGCAUCCUGAGCGUGCCGCUCACGCUCUCGAUGUUCUCCACCCCAUUCGUCCUCUCCUUCUCCCUCCUCCUAUCCCUCCCAAUCCUCUUCCUUCUGGCGCCUAGAUUCCUCACGCCACGUCAUCCCUCCCUCCCCAUCCCGCUCCCCGACGAGCUCCACGACCUCGCCCUCUUCGACCGCGCCGUCUCUCUCUCCAAACCCUCCACAUUCUCCCACCUCUCCGCCUCCAACCCUAAGCUCAAAAUCGCCUUUCUCUUCCUCACCAACUCCGACCUCCACUUCGCUCCCCUCUGGCAACGCUUUUUCCACGCCCACUCCGGCCUCUACAACGUCUACGUCCACGCCGAUCCCGCCGCCAACGUCACGCGCCCCAAGGGCGUUUUUGACGGCCGCUUUAUCCCCGCCAAGCGCACCUACCGUGCCUCCCCCACGCUCAUCUCCGCUACCCGCCGCCUCCUCGCCACUGCUCUCAUCGAUGAUCCUGCCAACGCCUUCUUCGCCGUCCUCUCCCAGUACUGCAUCCCCCUCCACUCCUUUCGCUACGUCUACCACUCCAUUGUCUCGUCCCCGUCCUUCGAUCGGACCGACUCCGACCCUGAGUCCACCCUCUUCGGCGUCCGGAUCAGGUACAAGAGCUUCAUUGAGAUCCUAUCCAAGGAGCCCAGGCUCUGGAGGCGCUACACCUCGAGGGGCCGGUUCGCGAUGAUGCCCGAGAUCCCCUUCGAGAAAUUCCGAGUCGGAUCUCAGUUUUUCGUACUCACGCGCCGCCACGCGCUGACUGUUAUCAAGGACAGGACGCUCUGGCGGAAAUUCAAGCUUCCGUGCUACCGGGACGACGACUGCUUCCCGGAGGAGCACUAUUUUCCGACGCUGUUGUCAAUGGCGGACCCCAAUGGAUGCACCCACUACACCCUAACGAGAGUCAAUUGGACCGGUACGGUCAAUGGUCACCCCCACACGUAUCGGCCCCCCGAGAUUUCGCGCGACGUGAUUUAUCGGCUGCGGCAAUCGAAUCUUUCCGAGUCUUACUUGUUUGCGAGGAAAUUCACCCCGGAUUGCUUGAGACCCUUGAUGGGUAUCGCCGAUUCGGUCAUUUUUCGGGAUUAAAUUUUGAUUCUGGUGAAUUGGGGAUGCAGUUUUGAAGAGGCGUAAAGAGCCCACAAACGCAGAAAGAAAGCAGGGGGGGCGGUGGAGGAAACCAAAUUACUUUUUUGUGGGAGCAAAAAAGCAGAUACUUUUAUCUUCUUCAAGUGUAUUUAGACGGUGUAAAAAGAGUACUAUUAGUCUAUUAUAAAAAAGAAAAAGAAAAAAAGUAGUAGUAGAAGUAGAUUUUUCAUUUUUGUCCUUUUUGAUGCGUGCUUUUUUUGUAUAUAUAUAUAUAUAUAUUAUAUGUUGCCCCAAACAACGUUGGGAUAAAAAAAUUCAAGUGUAAUUUUAGGAAGCGAAUAAAACCAAAGUGGAAACUGUUAUAACGUGAGGGAACAGUCACGGGCUGAGGCCCAUUCCUCUUUCCUCUUUCCUCUGGGAUUCCUCCAUGUCCUUUUUUC